AUGUCGCAGAGCAGUACUUCUUCUCAGAGAAGGUGUCGAUGUGGAAUUAUUGCCAACCAUUUCACAUCAACCACUCCCUCUAACCCCGGUAGGAAAUUUUACAAAUGUGCACGCCCUAAGAAUAAUUCAUGUGGUUAUUUCGAAUGGGAAGAUGAAAUAACCACGGAUGGUUCCCAACUUGAAAUAAGAGACUUGAAGUCGUCUUUGAAUGUUGUUUCGAUUGAAAGAGACAAGUUGAGAGAAAAAUUAAUUGACAUGGAUGCCAUGAACAAAUUAGAAGAUGCUAAAGUCAAAAAAUUGGAAGAAAAAGUUGUACAACUAAUGAUGGUGAUAAUUGGUUCUUGGGCAAUAUUUGUUGGAUUCUUUGCUGCCUGGAUAAUGAAGUAG